AUAUUAAUGUUGCAGUUAUCAGCUACCGAAUAUCAGCUGUUUUAUUCGAUUCAACCAAUGGACUACGUGCGUUACGUGAGUUGUGAUCUCACAUCGGUACCGGUAAUUGACAAUCCGAGUCCUGUCCGCAAUCUUGUUAAGCGUCUUUCCGAGGUAAGUUCAUGGAUAACACACGUAAUUGUGAGUAUGCCAACACAUGAGGAUCGUAAAACAGCGUUAACGUGCAUUAUUCGCAUGAUUGAUGCUUGUUGCAAUAUUGGUAACUUCAAUGCAGCAGUCGAAAUUUUGAUGGGUUUGAAGAGUGAGAAAUUGCGACCGUUUUGGUUGUCGUUGAGGCAUGACGAAAAACAAAAAUACGAGCAGCUGUGCGAAAUGCUGUUACCGAGCAACCAGGCAGCACCGUCGACGCCAUAUUUAGAGGCAGUUCAACGAGCACUGAGAAUGCCACAGUGCCGUUUAAUACCAUUUUUUGGCGUUUUUCUUCGCGAUCUCUACGCGAUCGUUAACGACAUGCCAAAUGUGGUUGUGAUUGGUCACGAAGAUGAUAAGGAUAAACUCGAGUUUAUGGGCGAUGCGAAUGGAGAGGAUCAUUUCUCAUCACGAAUCGGUGUGGGUGGCCUUUUGAAUGCGGAUAAGAUCAGUCUGGUGGCGGUCGUGUUGGAUAAUUUAGAGUUAUUUCAUCGUCAUAAUCGAACUGUCUUAAAAUAUGUUGAAGAACAAAAUAUGAGUAUAUCAACAAUGACAACAACAGCAACACCAACAGCGAUUAUUGCUGGGACCGCAACUGCCGGAGCGUCAACCUCAGCGCAAUCAAGUGGCAGUGCAGUUGCCACAGCUACGAUUGCAGACAUAAAAGUUGUUAAGGGUUACGAGCCAGUGCAAUCAAUUAAAGGAGCCGCACACGGUGUGACGCUAGUCCCACUAAAUACAUCAGCGUUUGAUUUGGAUAUAAUUCAGCGAUUACAUCAUGGUACCACAGUGAUUCACUAUGAUCCUGAUUCAGGUCGUAGUGUUUUGUGUAUGCUUAAAUUAGAUGCUAGUUGUGGUUUGAUCUCAUGGCAUAAGGUCACCUAUAUUGGCGGUAGUCGUGAGGGCAAAGAGAAGGAUACAUCCGUAGCGAACAAAUCAUCAGUUGUAAAUUUAUCCGCCAUGCAAACGUCUGAUAGUGUACGCGUAGCGCCAUCCUCCUCGUCACCCUCAUCGCCAAGACCCGUCGGUUCGGCAUCAACGGGUCUUGAUGAAGGCUUUCUCCGACUUUCAUACGUCAAAUCUGUUGAAACGGUCGACUCUUACGAUCUCGACAUUGAGGCGAUCUAUCGUCGGCAUAGUAAUGAGGAGAUGUCCGUGCCUGUGUUCUGUUGGACGAUUAGUUUCGGAUGUGUUCUGUCAGAUAACGAAUUCAUUUAUUUUCUUGCACCUCAACAAAUUGCUCAUUAUUGGAUUAUUGGUCUAAAGAAUGUGGUAAGGCAUUUGCAAGAGCAACAAAAGAAUGCGGAUCGACGUGUUCUAUGGUUGAAAAAGUUAUACUUGCAAUUAUACAGUGAAUGUUCAACAAUCAGUGAACAACAAUCAGCAGCAGCGACAACAACUUCAGCAACAAGUUCUAAUCUGUCAACGCCUAAAGCAGCUGCUCUAACGCGAGUUGCAGGCUCUACGGUAGCUGCAAUUAAUAAUCGUCAUGUUGAUGGACCUCGACCUUUCGAUGCAUUACAGGCCUUUGGUGGACGAGUUGAACGAUGGCGUGGUCUUGGAUUGAAUCAGAAUGUGGCAACGAGCUCUCGAAGUCAAGCCGAUUUAGCGACAUCUAAUGAAAGUGGCGGUGCUCGAAAUCGUCUGAAGCAAAUGACGAUCGCUAUGACGCGUCGUAUGCGUGGCGCGAGUCGUGACGGCUGUCGAUCACAGAGUCCACAGCCUUCAUCACCUCCCAUUAGCAGCCCAAAAUAUCGUGCACCAUCGGUAAAAAGUCAUAUGUCAAGUCGGAGUGGCCCGCCAAGUGCAUCGAAUAGUCCGUCUUAUUUUUUGCGACCAUUUGGACGUAAUCGCGACAGCGGUGAUACCGACCGGGCAGAUUUGCUGGAUUCAUCUACGUCACCUGUCCUUGAUGGUGGCACACGUCCCAGAACAUCAACUUCAAGUUCUUAUGGUGGCCACUCACUAGCAGGGCGCUCCAUAAAAUCCUGGAGGUCUGUGAAGCAACCGUUUAAGUUGCAGAAGAAGGAUGAAUCCCAUGAAUACUACAGAUCAAGAGGUAACGGAACGUCCAAGUCAGACUCGAUGAGUAGUGGUAUUACGCAAGCGCAGGCAACUGGAUCGGCGACGUCGGUCACAACCGUAAACGGGACAUCCGGACGAGAAUUUCAAGAGAAGCCGGUCUCGUUGAUUGAAUUUAUCGAACUGUAUAGGCUUUUCAGUUUACGAAUGAGGAAAGAUCUCAAAGAUGUUUUCAAUGAGUGCUUGGCGAUGGGUGGUGGUGGUAGAAGUUUGGAUUCAAAUAAUGGUACUUUUGGAGGUUGUGUUCAUCAUGCGAAUGCACUCAUAAAGCGUGAUAGUAAGCAGCAGCAACAGCAUUCUAGUGCUUGUUCCACUACACAUUCACAGCAACAACAAAAUUUCUUUUGGGUUCGUUCUAAUGAAAGCAGUUUCACUGCAGAUAUUCUUACACGUAACAACAGCACAUCACCAAUUUAUCAUAUCAACGAGAAACAGUGGAAGAUCUAUAACGCAUUGGCAAUUGCUAGUGUUAAUAGUACUGGUGUAAUGGAUACAUCGCGUAGCUCAUUUCUAACUCCGGCAAUGUUAAAGCAAUUCAUUGCAACGCAUCAAAUGGAAUCUGUGGAUGAACCUUAUGCAAUACGAUUGAUUCAGGACCAUGAACCAGAUCCGAUUUUACGGAGCAAGCACCAGAUGUCGUUCGAAGGUUUCACACGUUAUUUGAACGAUCCCGUAAAUUUCGCAUUCGUUCCUGAACAAAUUAAACCAGAUAUCGAAACGCUGCAUUAUCCACUUAGCUAUUAUUAUAUAUGCUCAAGUCAUAACACUUACCUAACGGGUCAUCAACUCAAGGGUGAAUCUUCGGCUGAAAUGUAUCGACAGGUAUUAUUAACGGGUUGUCGUUGUGUGGAGUUGGAUUGCUGGGAUGGUGAUGAUGGCUCACCACAAAUCUUUCAUGGACAUACGUUUACGUCAAAGAUCAGUUUUCGGCAAGUCGUCGAGGUGAUCAAAAAAAGCGCCUUCAUCACGAGUAAUCUACCGGUGAUUCUCUCGAUCGAAAAUCAUUGCUCACUUCAGCAACAAACCAGAAUGGCACAAAUGUUUAAGAAUCAUUUCGGUGAAAAGCUGGUGACAAAUUUUUUGUUCGAAGCGGACUUCAGCGAUAACCCCCGACUGCCGUCACCAUGGCAAUUGCGAAACAAAAUUUUGAUCAAAAACAAAAAGAUGAUUUCUGAGCCAAGUGCGGGUUUACAUCAGGAGACCGUCAACGUCACCAUCUCUAACAGUGUCGCUAAUCGUGGCACUGCUGUUGUUAGUGCUACAGGUCAACCGAAUAGUUCUGCUGUUGGUUUGAUGCGAGGUGGUGCUGCUAUACAAAGCGAUUUGCAUCGUGAUCAAAGCAAAAUCUCUUAUGAAUCAAGCACCGUUGAUGAGGUGGAUGACGACGAUUUAGAUGAGUUUUUGGAUGAAGAGGAGCCAGAGGAUGAAGAUCCGGAUGAACGAACAGAUACAGAAAGUCCUCGAGUGAUCAAGAGAGCUGGAAAAUUACAGGACAGUAAUAAACAAGAUUCAUUAAACAGUGAGAAUAGUGAUGAACGGAAAACCAGUAAAACACGGCAGUUAACAACCUCGACUGGAGCAAUGUUUGACUCGAAAAUGGACGACGAUAACAUUGCGUACUCGCCGCAUUCUGGUGUAUCCGGAAGGCCGUUAUCGAUGCGUAAAGCCGCAGCCGGUCCCACGUUAGCACCGGAACUGUCCGAUUUAGUCAUCUAUGUUCAAGCCGUUAAAUUCAAGGGAUUUCCUGCACCAAACGAGAGCCACGGUGGACUGCGAGGUCGUUCUCACCAAGUAUCAGCAGGAGCGGAGGAUAGCUUCAGCGGGCGUAUGGCAACAACGCCUAGCAGCAUCAACUUACCCACCACAUUCGCAAGCGGAUCAGGUGCAUCAACAAAAUUUCGAGCCACAACCACUAAUACUGCAAAUCUCAUCGUAACAACUACAACGCCAAGACGCCAACGUAGUAGUGCUCAACUACAUCAACAAGAUGCUAUUCCCAACUCGCCUUCUGCUGCUCCAUCUACACUGAUGAGUAAGAGUAGCGAGGAUUUUCCUAUGCAAUCAACAUGCUCAUCUAUUAACUCACCGUUAAGAGACAAUACAAAUGCAUCGUGCUAUCAAGUUACGUCCCUAAAUGAAACUGCCGCCAGAAAAUUAUGUCGGAAACACGCACUCAAAUGUAUAAUUUAUUCACGUGAUCAUGUGGUACGUACCUAUCCGGGUGCAAUGCGUAUCGAUUCGUCGAAUUUCAAUCCGAUUCAAUACUGGGCAUUUGGAUUACAAAUGAUAGCAUUGAACUUUCAAACGGCUGAUAUUGCGAUGGCUAUCAAUGCAGCAAUGUUCGAGCAGACGGGUAACUGUGGCUAUACAUUGAAACCUCGUGUACUGUGGGAUGAUACACACCCAUUGUACCGACGUUUCAAUCCACUCUCGAAAGAACUGAGCUCAUGUUCAGCACUUAUUCUUACGUUGAGUAUCAUUUCUGGUCAACAUGUGUGUGCAAAUCAGCAUACGGCAUCGCCAUUCGUCGAGAUUGAAAUGUUCGGUGUUGGUAGUGAUUGUGCAAAAGAGAAAACAAAAGUGGUGAAUCGAAAUUCUGUGAAUCCAAUAUGGAAUCACACUUGUUCAUUUCGAAUCAAUUUCGUUGAAUUAGCGUUUCUUCGUGUGGCCGUAUGUGAUAACGCUAACGGAAGAUGUGUUGCACAGCGAGUCGUUCCGGUACGUUGUCUACGUCCGGGUUAUCGCCAUCUACCGUUACGAACGAAUUCGAAUUUGUCAAUUGAUCAAUCAAUGUUGUUUAUUCAUUCGCGUUUCGAGCAUGAAGAACAUAUUUAUUUACAUGACGAGGACAGCAUGUCACAGUGUAACGUCGAACAAACUCUCACUUAUCAAACGUUUAAAAUUGAUCCAGCAGCCCAAAUCAAAUGUGUGCCAAUGCUCAAGCGACAAAUAUUCGUUUUAAGGAUAAUGGGUCUUUACACUGAUGAUACACCGACGAUUGUGCAUGCUGAAUCGGCUAGUACAGUUCGGAAUGUUAUGCAAUUGGCUCUAUCGAAUGCGGGCAAAAAUGCGGAUACGGUGGACGAGUACGCGUUAUUCGAAGAGAAUAUUGGUGCUUCAAUGAGGAGCACAUCAAUUAGCGAAGCAGCUAGCACAAGUGCAUCAACUUUUUAUGGUGGUGCUGAGAGCAGCAGCACUAGUGAUCUAUUGAAUCAUCGAGUUUUACCGCUAAAUGAACCGAUCAUGGAUGCUGUUGCUUGUUGGAAUGGUUCCAUUCGACGUUUUGUUAUGCGAAAGAAGGGAACAGAUCCGAGUAGUCGUGCAUGGAUAACGUCAAUAAUAAAGAGUGGUGUUGCUGGCAGCAGUAGUGGUUUAGUUGCUCAACAACAGUCAGCCGCAUCAACGACGAUAUCCCAAAAUCAGUUAAAUGCAAAUCUAAGUCCAACAACAACACAAGAUGUUACUAAACGUUUCAAUGAUGGUGUUGUUACUGCUCAAACACUUAAAUCUUCGUCAACAUCCACUCUACACGGACGUUCCUUGGAUGUUGAUCACUUCAAAGGUACGUUAAACGUGAAUAUUGGUUCGUACUAUUAUAAAUUGCAUUUUAACAGCAUGAAUUCGUCAUUCUGUUUAUUCUUUUAUAUCCCAUUUAUGUGUAUCUUGAAAGUUUAUAAAGUGUGUGAUAUUUGCGUUCAGCUUUAUCUAUCGUUUUUGGCUGAAAGCAUUAUGAGAAAAAGUAAAUUAGUUGAAUGUUUAGCAAUGAGGUCCCGUACGCAUUCGUCAGCUGGUGAUACGUUCUUGAUGUGCGUUCAUAACGUGAGUGAUGAUCAGCCAUAUGCAAUUCUACGAACAAGUAAACACAGUACAGCGAGUGAUGUCAUUAAACAGGUUUUCAUGAAAGCUCGUAGACUGGAUAUCGAUGAGAGUGAAUAUGUAUUGAUGGAGGAGUUGGUGACUGAUGCAGGUUCAAAAGAAUCGGCUCCAUCAGCAUCGUUGCAUCACGGUGUUCUGCAUGCACUCAAAGAUGUUUCUUUAAGUCGAAAGAAGAAUAGUGAUUUGUCUACAUCGAAGGGACGUGUUAGUGUUCGUGUUCUUGCGUCAGAUGAGAAUGUUUGGAAGACGCAAUGCCAAUGGAAAAAUGCGGGUCGUUUUGUAUUGGAGAAUCGACGUGAUACGGUUCAUUCAACACUCGAAAAAGUUAGGAAUUUUCUGCAGGCUCUCGAAAGUGCACGAGCCAAUGCUGGUUUACAGUUAGCAUCUUCUCCAUGA